UGUGGUUUUAUCCGGUUGGCUGCUGCGGGAGCGGGAGCGCGCCCGGACGGCUCGGUGUGACAGCUCAGAGCUGUCCACGUCAACACACCGAGCGAGCACGGCGGCAGCGGCAGCGAUGGACUCCACGUCUCUGGAACCUUCCCUCUACACAGUGAAAGCUGUCUUAAUUCUUGACAACGAUGGCAACAGACUUCUGUCAAAGUACUAUGACCCCGAGCUUUACCCCUCCAUGAAGGAACAGAAGAACUUUGAGAGAAAUGUUUUCAACAAGACACACAAAGCAGACAAUGAGAUAUCUUUCCUGGAGGGGAUGACCAUCGUCUAUAAGAGCAGUAUAGACCUCUUCUUCUACGUGGUGGGAAGUGCUCAGGAGAACGAGCUGAUGCUGAUGUCGGUGCUGAACUGCCUGUUUGAGUCCCUCAGUCAGAUCCUCAGGAAAAAUGUGGAGCGGAGGUGCUUACUGGAUAACAUGGAAGGCGUGUUCCUGGUUGUGGACGAAAUCAUUGAUGGAGGGGUGAUUCUGGAAAGUGACCCCCAGCAGGUCCUACAAAAGGUCAAUUACAGGGCGGAUGAAAACCCAUUAUCUGAACAAAGUGUGACCCAGCACAUAACAGAGAAACUGGCUCUGACCACUAACGUUCUGCAGUCGGCCAAAGAGCAGAUCAAAUGGUCCAUUCUGAAAUGACUCGGACCAGACAAAUGUAUAUUUGAGAAAGAGAACAUUUUUAGUCCCAAAGCUAUUUUUUUAUAGUAACAGAUUGAAGGGAAUGUUGUUACAAGCCUGUUGGCCAAUAUACUGCUUGAUAUAACUGUAACCAGCCAGUAAUAGGGAUUUCUGUCUAUGUCUAAUGGCAUUUUGUUACUUUGUGUUUUACAAAUAAUUAAUUUAUUUAGUUUGAGAGUGAUGUUAGUUAGAUAUGUCAUUGGCCAAAUGGUAUCAGGAAAUGAAAUAAAUGAAGACUGGGGUCCAGCUAUUAUUUCGUACAAAACUAAUCAAUGAAAAUACUCGAAGCCUGAAUAAUCUAUUGCUUUUAUUUUGGUGGAGCAGGAUUUUCCCAUUUUCCACACAAUUUUUUGGCAAAACGGACUAGGAUUUAUUUCAGCUUUUUGUUGCAUAUCGCUGUUAUGUAAACUUGACAACUACAGCUUAAUCUAUUGUUAAAAAUACACAUAUCGAUCUAAGUAUAAUCUGGAAAUUGAGAAUAGACAGAAAAACACACUACUGCAGCAUGUAUCUGCAAAUCCCACACACACUGACACUGACAUCAUUUGUGCACUGAAUCACUCAGUUUAAUAGUUUGUUGUUCAGACUGUGCUCCUUAAAUGACAGAGCUGGUACAUGUGUACUGUAAAGAAUAUUUAAAGAUUGUAAAGGAAUAUAAUGAUGCCCUGUGACACUAAACUAAUGUUAGCACCAUGUGUAAGAGAUGCACUGUCAGUAAAAAACCCUUGCUAAAGUAGAAUUCUCUCAUGAAGGUAAAUUUACUAUCUGUACUUAAUUACAAGUAUUAUUAAUCUUGACCUUGAAAAUUAUGCAAUACUGCGGAUGAUUCUGUGGACAGACUUAUAACGAAUAAUGUCUAUUUUCUGACAGUUAAAUGUUACUAGAUAUUUAAUAUUUUCUUAGUGGAAAAGAAGAAAAAAAAAAGCCAAAGACAUUUUGUUUACACGUGGAUGUUGUUAACAACGUAUCACAAUUUUUUUGUGUGUUUCCACCAUUUGUGAGACUGAUAUAAAUAAAAUAUUUGUCCUGGA